AUGUCCACUUUAUAGUAUGUGAGGGAAAUCAUUAGUAGGUAGAUCUCGACUCUAUCAAAUCAAAGUGGAGAAGAUAAAAAAGCUUUGGAAUCUGAACCAUACCACAAUUUGCAAAAGUCAAGUGUGUUAUUAGAAUCUAGGUGUUUCAAUGACCCUUAAUUAUAGGACAAGAAAUGUCGACAAAUUCUAUCCAAAUUGAUAUACUUGAUCAACUAGGGUGAGAAAUUCAAUGACCAAGAAUCUUUGAGUUUAUUCUUUGGAAUUACCAAGCUCUUCUCUUCAAAUAAUGUGGAUUUGAGGAGAAUGAUCUAUUUGAUGAUUAAGGUAAUAUGUAUGGUUUAUAUAUUGUAGGAAUUCAAAGAUGAGAAUUCUAUGUAUGUAGUAAUCAGUUGUUUAGCCAAAGACAUUACUUCCAAGAAUGAUCUCUUUAGAAUUAAUGCUCUGCGUACCCUUCCCUAUGUUCUUGAUCAAUCCAACUUGGUUCAAUUGGAUAGAUAUUUAAAGAAUGCAAUCCUCGAGAAGAGUUAACCGAUUUCAAGUGCUGCUCUGAUAGCUGGCCUAUAGAUUUUCAGAAUAAGUCCCGAUUUCAUUAGAAAGUGGACCAAUGAAGUGGCUGACAGACUCAAUUCCAAAUAUCCUCAAAAUAGUUUCCAUGCAUUAUUGUUAUUACAUGAGAUUAAAAGCAACGACAAAGUCACAUUCACUAAAAUCCUCACUGGAUUAACCAAAGAAACCCUUGUACCCAUUGCCAACAUGCAAGUUAUUAGAUUCAUUAGAGAAAUCCUCAAUACCGAUGAAUUAGAUUAGCAAUAUGAAAAAUUGUUCAUUGAAUAUCUCUAAAGACAAAUACACAAGUCAUAAGAAAUUGUGAUUUUUGAGGCUUGCAAAGCAUUAUGUGAUUUGAAAACCCUCUCUAAUAAGGAUCUAUAACCCAUGGUCUAAAUUGUGACUGUCUUUUUGCAAUCAAGCAAUGUGAUCAAUAAGUUUGUGGCACUCAAAAUAUUAAACAGAUUAAUCUCAAAUCCUAUUAGAAGAUCCCUUAUCACACCCUAGCAAAUCGAACCGCUCAUCUAGGAUUCCAAUAAAUCAUUGUCUUCCUUAGCUGUUUCCAUAUUGUUGAAAGUCUGCUAAGAAACCAAUAUUGAGAGACUCUUAAAUUAAAUUUAUGAAUACCUAAACGACAUGAGUGAUGAAUUCAAAAUAGAUGUCCUCAGAAGUGUGAAAGCAUUAGCAAAGAAUUCCCCUACCAAAUGGAAACCAAUUAUUAAUUUCCUUCAAUUAACCUUCAAAUGUGAGGCCUCCUAAGAAUUUAAGAAGUAUUCAAUCGAAAUCUUUGAAUUCAUUAUUCACGAGAUUCCUGAAGCUAGAGAAAAUGCUAUUAUGGCUUUGGCCGAUUACAUUGAGGAUUGCUAACAAAGUGCAUUACAAUUGAGUGUAUUGAGCAUCCUCAAUAGAGAAGCUUCAAAAAAACAAUGCCCAAUAAGAGUUAUUAGAAUUGUUAAUAACAGACUACAUCUUGAAGAUGCUGAAAUCAGAGCUGCAGCAGUUGGCGUACUAGGCAAAUUCUUACUUAACUAUCCUAAUGAAAAGGCAAACCUCCUUGAAUUAUUACAAGCAGCUUCCUCGGAUCCUGAUGAAGAAGUUAGAAAUCGUUCUCGAUUCUAUGUCAGUGAAUCAGCAGCACCCAAAGAGGAGAAUCCCCCAUUGUCAAUAGAAGAAUUAGAUGCAAUCGAAGCCUAUUUGCAAUAAAACAUUCAGGAAAUCUAGCAAUCUAAUGAAGAAGUAUUACAGUUAGAUAAGAUCAUGGCAUAUGCUGAAUAAAACAAGGGAAAGAUUAAGAAGACUGAGGUGUUACAAGAAUUAGUGGAAGAGGAAUUGAUUUAAACUCAUGAAUCUGAAUCUGGAUUUGAGACCUAUAAGAAAUUGUUCAAGGAGAGCACAAUCUUCUGUGAUUAUGGAGUACUUAGAAAAUCAUCAAGAGCAUAAAAUUUAACUGAUUCUAAAUGCGAAUAUUUAGUAACAGUGGUCAAACACUUUUUUGAUAAUCAUAUAAUAUUGGAGUAUAAGGUAAAGAACACAUUAGACAAUGUUACAUUGAGUGAUGUCUCUCUGGAAUUGACAAUAAAGAAUGCAAAUCUUCAAUUUGAAAGAAUUGUGCCAGCAAAAUCAAUUCAACCACAAUGUGCAUCUAACAUAUUGGUUGGAUUGCAAUUCAAUCCUAAUUUGAGAUUAGUGUCAUCCAAUAUUCAAAGCAUAUUGACAUUUACAGUGGAUGAAAAUGGUACCACCUAUUAAGACGAAUAUUAGACUGAAGAUUUCAUCAUAACUUAUAGUGACUUCUUCUUACCUAUUUAAUGGUUUAAAAAAUUCCAAACUGAAUGGGAAUCUCUUAAAUCACAAGAAAUGUCGGCUACAUAUUAGUUAGAUUAUAAGAAUACUGAUAUAGCAAUAAAGGAAUUAGUGAAACAUUUCGGGUUUUAAGUUUGUGAUAAUUCUGAUUAAAUAUAGCCUUAAAAUAAGUUUCAUACUUUAUUACUGUCAGGCAAGUAUUUGGAUGCCAAGAAUGCACUAGUGAUAUGUUAGAUAGGAUUUUAAUAGAAUAUAGGAUGUGUGUUAAAAAUAAAGUGUAAAUCAGAAGAUGAUAAUUUAAGUACAAACAUUGUAGAAACCCUUGGUUGA